AUGCCCUCGGGGAACGCCACGGGCUCCACCAGCCGCCCGGAGCCCGCAGCGGCCGAGCAGGAGGUGCCGGGCGAGCGGCCGCUCUUCAGCGCCGGCACCUACGAGCUGCUGGCGCUGCUGGUCGCCACCAUCGGCAUGCUGGGCUUGUGCAACAACUUGCUGGUCCUGGUGCUCUACUACAAGUUCAAGCGGCUCCGCACGCCCACCAACCUCUUCCUCGUCAACAUCAGCCUCAGCGACCUGCUGGUGUCAGUCUUCGGCGUGAGCCUUACCUUCAUGUCCUGCCUGAGGAGCCGCUGGGUGUGGGACGCCGCCGGCUGCGUCUGGGACGGCUUCAGCAGCAGCCUCUUCGGAAUUGUUUCAAUUAUGACUCUCACUGUUCUUGCCUAUGAACGCUACAUUCGAGUAGUCCACGCAAAAGUGAUUGACUUCUCUUGGUCUUGGCGGGCUAUCACAUACAUCUGGCUGUACUCAUUAGCCUGGACUGGAGCACCUCUUUUGGGCUGGAACAGAUACACACUGGAAAUUCAUGGACUGGGUUGCUCAGUGGACUGGAAGUCAAAAGACCCAAAUGAUACCUCCUUUGUACUCCUUUUUUUCCUUGGCUGUCUAGUAGUGCCUGUUGGCAUCAUGGCCUAUUGCUAUGGCCAUAUUCUAUAUGCAGUAAGAAUGCUUCGCAGUGUAGAAGAUUUCCAGAGUGUUCAAGUGAUCAAACUUCUAAAAUAUGAAAAGAAAGUGGCUAAAAUGUGUUUCUUGAUGAUCUCCACGUUCCUUAUUUGUUGGAUGCCCUAUGCAGUGGUCUCCCUCCUGAUAACAUAUGGAUAUAGCAACCUUGUAACUCCAACUGUAGCUAUCAUCCCAUCUUUCUUUGCCAAGUCAAGCACUGCUUAUAAUCCAGUCAUCUACAUCUUCAUGAGUAGAAAGUUUCGCCGAUGCCUUUUGCAACUCCUGUGCUUUCGCCUGAUGAGAUUCCAGAGGACCAUGAAAGAAACACCAGCAACAGGGAAUGACAAACCAAUACGACCAAUAGUUAUGUCUCAGAAAGCAGGGGACAGGCCAAAGAAGAAAGUGACUUUCAGCUCUUCCUCUAUCAUUUUUAUUAUCACCAGUGAUGACACUCAGCAAAUAGAUGACAGCAGUAAACACAAUGAGACAAAACUAAAUGUCAUCCAAGUAAAGCCACUAUAGGGAUGAACUGAAGAGACAUGAGAAUGAGGUGGAUUUCAGCCACUAGACUAUUUACACUGGAGACCAAUUUCAGUGGCAGUGUCUGUGGGCUGCCAAAGGAAACCACAUUCUGAAGCUGUGAAAUACUGAAGGGAUUCUGCAUCUGAAGCUCUGCAAGCAGUUCAUUUUUGGUCACAGAACUGAAAUCUCUUCCAAAAUUGUUGAUGGAUGUCUUUACUCUGAAUUUUCUUAAAGCAUAUUGUAGGAUUGCCUUUCAGAACUUAGUCAGGCUGGAGAAAUGCUCUGACAGAAAUGUUAUAAAAUUCAGCAAGGACAACUGCAAAGUCCUGCACUUGGAAAGGAAGAAUGAUGCUGCAACACAGCAGGUCAGGCCCUGGCUGCUUGGGGUGAAGCUCUGUGGGAAAAGGAUGUGGAGUCCUGUUGCUUAAUGAGUAGAGUAUAAGCCUGCAGUGCACCCUGGUAGCAAAGAAGGGUACCAGCAUCCCAGGCUGUACUGACAGGACUGGAGUCAGUAGUCUGAAGUGAUUAUGACCUAAACUCAGCCCUCUUAAGACCACAUCUAGAUACUGCAUCCAGUUUUGGGACCCCAGUACAAGAAAGGCAUCUGUAAACUGGGGUGGGUUCAGUGGAACCACCCACCAAGAUUGUCAAAGGGUUGUAGUACUUUGCCUCUGAGGCGAGGCUGAGGGAGUUGCACUUGACUAAUCUGGUGGUGAAACAUCUUCAGGGGAACCCAAUAGCAGCCUUCCAAUAGAGAUGGGGAGUUUUUCAGUAAGAUGGAGCCAGGUUCUUCAGGGUGACUUACAGUGGAAAGAUCACAGACAACGAAUUUGAACUGGAUGGGAUGUAAGAAAAAGCCUUUUCACCCCAAGGACAGCCAAGCAGUGGAACAAGUCAGACAAGAAAUUUCCUGAGGUUUCUUUGAGCUUCAGUUAUCCCAUUGAUCCCUGAACUGCCAGUGCAUAGAAUUAUCAAGGAAGAAUAAAGAAGGUGUGAAGUUGACUGCACUUUAGUUGGCCUGAAUUGGUGCUUUGCAGACUGGGGGGUGGGAAUGAGUGGAAUUAUGGGUAAACCAGAAGGUUCCAGAAAGCUGUCCAUCUGUAGAGAACAAGCCAUUCUUUUGGUGCUACCUGGUAGUCCCUGGGUUACACAGUGAAGAAGAUCAUGCAAAUUAAAGCACUAAUGAAGAAAGGUCAGUGAAAAGGAAAAAUUGGAGGUUUUUUUGUUACAAUUUGCACUUUAUAGAUUUUUAUCUUGCAUCCAUUUUUCAUAUGGACCAUGAGCAUCAUCUGGUAUUAAUUCUGAACCUGUAAUGGUUCAGCACAAGUAAUGGUUAGGGAAGACCAGGGUGACUUUUGCCUAAGUUGCAGUGUGAGUAAUGAUUGUCUUGCUUGGAGCUCAGUGAACAGAACAGAUAGAUUUUUUUUUUCCUACCGUCACCUUUCUAAGUGUUGCUGGUACAAAAUGGCAAUAGGAUUGUCCCCCAAACACGGUUUCCUGUCAGUAUUGGAGAACUAAUUUUGAAUUAUGGCAGUGAGGUCUUUACCACAUCUGCUGCAACUCUGUAAUUUCUCUGCCUCACCCUGCUAAAUGGGCAGUGUGGAUUUGCAACAUGCAGCUUUUCCACCUCUGUGAAAGCUGAGGAAAAAAAGCAAUUACGAAACUACUUGCAUCCCCUGGGGGCAAAUCUUCUGAGAGUUAUAAAGGGAACAUUCUGAAUAACUGUUGGCACUGUAGCCACUGGUCCUACAGUCAAGAAUAAAACUUCAAAAUCUAGAUGCAUUCAGCUAGUUCCUGAGGGCAGGGAGUGACCACAACUCAGAACAAGUGACUGACUUGUCAUGCGUGUGCCUGUGCUUUUGAAGGGGCAAAUUUGUUGUAUGUGCACCCCUCUAGAGCUUUGGCACUGGUAAACUGGCUCUGUGUCAUAUUUAAAAGUGCAUCUGGAAUCCACUCUGGUUUCUAGAUUAAAUAAUAUAAUCUGAGAGAAAACAGAUGAUAAAUGCUUGUCUUCGUUUCUUUCAUAUUCGUAUUUUUUGUUUUGCUACAAAUGCAUAGACAAAUGUUUUUACCAUGUCAAAGAUCCGCCCUUACUAAAACAUGUUCAUUACAAUGUCAAGAUCUAUAUUUUCAGCCAGUGAUCACUGCAUAUGUAUGCAUAUUUAUAUUUACAAACAGGGAAAUAUGUACAUUACCAUUCCAUGGUUCCAUCCUUGUAACAAAACUUCUGCUAUUUUAGUGUUUUCUGUAUAUUGAACCUUCAGUGAGUGAUUAAAUGAACCUUAUUUCCAUCAUUUUGUUCUCAGUGAAAUAUUUUUUUUUCCCACCAAGUGGAAGAUGGUUUGGUAUCAUUGCUUGUUGGAUACAGCAGGAAGGGUAGCACUAGGUCCUGAGAAAAUGAUAGUAUUUCUGUAUUUCAGCUGACCUUUGAAAAAAACAAGUAUAAGUUUUGUAAAGAGAAA